AUGGAGGAAGACUUCGUCAAUGAUCAUGAAAGCGAAGGCGAAGAGCACGAUCUUGGUGACGAAGGCCCACCUACUAUUGACCCAUAUGAGGUUCUGGGCCUUGAGUCUCAAGCAACAGCGGAUGAUGUGAAAAAGGCAUAUCGCAAAAUGGCACUCAAGUGUCAUCCAGACAAGGCUGCGCCCGAUGAGAAAGAAGCCGCCAACAAGGCCUUUCAAGAGAUCGCAUUCGCAUACGCAGUACUUUCCGACGACCGAAGGCGUAAACGUUAUGAUCUCACUGGCAGUACAGCGGAGACCCUGGAAGACGAGGACUUCAACUGGCUUGACUUUUUCCGCGAGCAGUUCAAGAAUAUCAUCAAUGAAGAAACCAUCAAUAAGAUUUCUGAUGAAUACAAAGGCAGCGAAGAGGAGCGCAGGGACUUGAUCAAUGCAUUCAAGAAGACCAAGGGUAACCUGAACAAGGUAUACGAUAUUGUCAUGCUAUCCGAUAUCUUGGUAGACGAUGAGCGGUUCAGGAAGAUUCUAGAUGAAGAGAUUGCCAAUGGCACGGUCAGUUCAUAUCCUGCAUAUGAGAAAGAGACGGACGAGACGCGUGAAAAAGCCAAGGAUGCAGAGAGGAAGAGACGCGAAGCCUUUGACAAGCAGCAGGCUCAGGAACAAGAAGAGAAGGCAGAGCCUGCCAAGGGAAAAGCAAAGGCGAAGGCAAAGCCCAAGAGCAAGAAGAGUAGCACAGAUGACAUGGCAGGAUUGGCAGCUCUCAUUCAACAACGACAAAAGGCACGAGCAGGCAACUUCUUUGACUCUCUUGAGGCCAAGUAUGCACCCAAAUCACGAGGCUCCAAGCGAUCCACGCCCAUGGAGGAACCGCCCGAGGAAUUGUUCGAAGCCAACCGAAAGAAGCAGAAAACAAACAGCCGGCCGAAAAAGAAGGCCAAACAAGAGAGUGAGGAUGAGGUGAUGGAGUCUGGGGAAGAGGAUAUUGGCGAUUCUGAGGAUGAGAAAACACCACCCCCGAAGAAGACGAGAGCGAAGCGGAAGGUGAAUGCGCGCGGGCGGGCUUAG